AUGGUGACUAGCAGUUCAGUUUACUUAUCUAUCUAUCUAUCUAUCUAUCUAUCUAUCGAUCUAUCUAUCUCAUUCAGUUUAUCUAUCUAUCUUUCUUUUGGUUUAUGCCGAUCUAUCUAUCUCUCUAUGUCGAUUUUGUGGUAUCUAUCUAUCUAUCUAUCUAUCUAUCAGUUCAGUUUGCUCAUCUAUCUAUCUAUCUAUCUAUCUAUCUAUCUAAUUCAGUCUAUCUAUCUAUCUAUCUAUCUAUCUAUCUAUCUAUCUAUCUAUCUUUCUUUUGGUUUAUGCCGAUUUAUCUAUGUCGAUUUUGUGCUAUCUAUCUAUCUAUCUAUCUAUCUAUCUAUCUGUCAGUUCAGUUUACUCAUCUAUCUAUCUAUCUAUCUAUCUCAUUCAGUUUAUCUAUCUAUCUUUCUUUUUGUUUAUGCCGAUCUAUCUAUCUAUCUAUGUCGAUUUUGUGGUAUCUAUCUAUCUAUCUAUCUAUCUAUCUAUCUAUCUAUCUAUGUAUUUUUUUUUUUCUUUUUUACUGUUCUCUGGACUGUCAUAUCUAAAACUCCUCUCUCACGUGCCAAACGUUCAUAUCUAUCUAUCUAUCUAUCUAUCUAUCUAUCUAUCUAUCUAUCUAUCUAUCUAUCUCAUUCUGUUCAUAUCUAUCUAUCUAUCUAUCUAUCUAUCUAUCUAUCUAUCUAUCUAUCUCAGUCUAUUUAUAUCUAUCUAUCUAUCUAUCUAUCUAUCUAUCUAUCUAUCUAUCUCAGUCUGUCCAAAUCUAUGUGUUAA